GGUUGUUGCAAAAUAUGAAUAGUACUUCCUCGUAAUAUAUUGCAUGCGCUUCCUCGUACAAAUGCUCUUACGUUAAAAUUUCCAGCUAAAAAAGGAGGGAAAGCGAGAGUAAAGUAACACAUCUCAGAAAAGUUGGGACAACACAACAGAAGGCUGCAAAUAUGGGAUACAUGUCAGUAGAGGAGCACAGCGGGACCCUGCUCCAUUUGAAGAGAUCCCCUGGUAUUCGUUCCUGGUCUCUUCUUGUCGGUAUAGCAUCUGUUGGAUUAGCUGCUGCGUACUACAGCUCAGACAGCAUCUUGUGGAAGCUGUUCUAUGUGACCGGCUGCCUGUUUGUAGCCCUGCAGAACAUGGAGGAAUGGGAGGAGGCUGUGUUUGACAAAACCAAGAACCGCAUUGAGCUGAAGAGCUUUAGCUUGUAUGCUUUAGUCCUGACGUUGUGGAGAAAAGGGCAUGAGAAAGUUGUGCUGGAUCUGACACAGCUGUGUGACAUCUGUGUCCAGGAAGAGAGAGUGCGCUAUUUAGGGAAGGGCUACCUGCUGAUGCUGCGGCUGGCUGCAGGCUUCUCCUACCCUCUCACUCAGAGCGCCACGAUGGGGAAUCGAAGUGAUGUAGAGGCGGUGGCUGCACUGCUGAAGCGUUUCCUGGGUCUGGAGGAGCUGCAGCAACGCAGGCAGCAGGAGGAAGAGGAGGAGUAUGGAGAGGAUGAGGAAGACUCUUUGGACAACAGCAGUAACUCAGGAAAAGAAGACGACGAUCUCUAAUCUCACUGU